CCCCCCCACCCGCUGCCCUCUGCGCGGCGAAGCGCCGGAGCUUCCGGGCCGCGCUCAGUUCCAAGUCGGGCACCAUGGAGGCGCAGGCACAAGGUUUGUUGGAGAGCGAGCCAUUGCAAGGAAGAGAUGAGGACGCAGUAGCCAGUGCUGACUUCUCUAGCAUGCUCUCUGAAGAGGAGAAGGAAGAGCUCAGGGCAGAAUUAGUUCAGCUAGAAGACGAAAUUACGACCUUAAGACAAGUCUUGUCAGCAAAAGAAAGACAUCUGGUGGAGAUCAAACAAAAGCUCGGCAUGAAUCUGAUGAAUGAAUUAAAGCAGAACUUCAGCAAAAGCUGGCAUGACAUGCAAACCACUACUGCCUACAAGAAAACACACGAAACCCUGAGUCACGCAGGUCAGAAGGCAACUGCAGCUUUCAGCAAUGUUGGGACAGCCAUCAGCAAGAAGUUUGGAGACAUGAGGUACUCCAUUCGCCAUUCCAUAAGUAUGCCUGCCAUGAGGAAUUCUCCUACUUUCAAAUCAUUUGAGGAGAGGGUUGAGACAACUGUCACAAGCCUUAAGACGAAAGUAGGUGGAGCGAACCAGAGCGGAGGCAGUUUUGAGGAGGUCCUCAACUCUACAGCCCAUGCCAGUUCCCAGAGCACCUCGGGAGGCCCCCGGCGGGCGGAGGAGGAGCUGCAGUGCUAGGUGCAGCCCACCUGCAGCUGCAUCCAUGAGCUGGCUGUUGGCCACUGUCCCACCCAUCUCUGCCUGAGCAUAUCCUGAUCCGAAGACCAAAAUCCCACUGGGAACAUGGAGGUCUUGAUAUUGUUAUUCAAACAGCAUCUCCAGAAAUUCUCCUAAAGUGAUUUCUGUGUGUAUUUGUGUUGACGUUGGACCAUUUAGCCAUUACCCUUCAGUAUUUAUAGACUGUCAUCUUAAAAAAAAUAAAGUCCACACUGGAGCAGGAACACAAUUAGUUGUAAUACUUAUCUGUGUAAUUCAACAUAUAUUUCCCAUCAUAUAGCUACUAUUAUUUGCUUUUAGUUUUUUGCUUGGCUUCCAUGGUAAUAUGCAUGUCCUUAAAGACUGAGUAAAGUCCAUUCAGUUCUUCAUCUAUCUCAGCAGGUGAGGCUCUGACUUCUUUUCAACUCUUCAGCAACAGGUGACUACAAACGUCACCAAACUGCUUGUGAUCCCCCUUACCAACAUCAAUUAUGUAUGUUUAUUUAAGUCAUUAAAAUAAUUGAUUUUAA